UAUUUCAUCAAGACGCCAUACAGGGCACCAUGAAUGAGCUUUCCUACUACGAACAAAAGACAAAGAACAUCCACAACAGGCUCGGCAUCUCUAGGCCCGCCCGCCUGCUUCUGAAAGCGAUCGAUGACUUGCAAUCUGGCGCCCUGGAAGAGUCCGAACUCCGUCGAAUGAUCCGACUCUCGCCCAGAUACCGCAACGUAAUCUCCCAGACGAUAUCAGACAUUGCCGAUUUUAUCCUCAAUCACCCGGAAGAAUCGAAGACGGGUGCCAUCCUGAUACAGCUUCUGACAAGGAUUCUCCAGGUUGCUGAUGGGGUUUUCGAGCCGAUGCUACCUUUCAUGAAAUUUCCGCGCGAAGUCCGCGACCUCAUAUACUAUUACUAUCUCCACUGUCGCUAUGGAGAGCACAAGAUCAUGUGGACUAACAAGCAAAUGGCACUCUCAGAGGUCUGCAAGGCAAUCCGAGAGGACUUCAUGGCCGUAUUUUACCGGGAGAACAAGUUUUAUUUCAACUGCACCUGCGAAAUGGAUUAUUUUAUCAAGAACAACAAGGACCUGCAGCGGAACAUAGUCUCUAUCAAGGUCCACUGGUGUGGUCCCCGAGCAGACAAGGCAUUCCAAGCACUCAAAACAUGUCCAAACCUUAAGCAAAUGGUGGUGGUGCCUUCUGCAGCCACGACGCGCCAUCUCGUGCCAAGGCAGCAAGUUUUCAACCGCUUUUUUGCCCAUACUUCACGCCCACGACUAACUGAUGCUCUGGGAAUGGAUGAGCUUAUCACCCUACGUGGAAUCCACACUGUCAGCGUUCAGCAUGUACCAGGCCGCCAGGGACAGAAGCGUACAAAUGAAGAACUGGCAAACCUGAGCGAGAUUCUUCAGAAAUAUGUUAAGCAAGACAAAGAUGUUGGAUAUGGCGAGCAAAUAGACUCCUGAGUCCACAGACGCCGAGCGUGGGAUACCUUUAAGUUUUGGCACGAUGCUUUAAUAUCAUCAAGAGCACCUCAAGAUGCGAUACAAUGCAAGCAUCUGAAUUCGUAUACUCGCUAAGAUUCGCUAUAGUUUGCUGGACGACAAAGCUCGAGUGUUGGAGGAUUCAUGAGGCCUUUGCAAGGCGCAGCUACCGAGGCAAGGGAAUACGCGGGGGAAAAGAAUACGGACGAGCUGUACUCACCUUGUAGCUGUGUAAUCUUGGG